UUUAUAUAAAAGACGCAGUCUUGGAACUUCAAUUUAAUAGACCCAACUGUCUGCAGUUCUACAUCUUGAAUCGUGUUCACUUUAAAAUCUUUACUGAAGUGAAUAUUUAGUAAUUGAUGUGAUCACACCAGGACAACUUUAUUGAAACCGUAAUGCACAAUUCUGUUAGAGCCUUACCGAGGUUCGUAGGAGCGGGAUGCCAGAGGGCGCUGAACAAGAUUACAGAGCGGGCUGGACACUGUAAAAGGUUUAGUUCACUGAUUAGCCUGCCAGUUAAGGUAGAAGCGGUUGCAGAGCGCACCUGUCAAACGUACGGACAAGGAGUGAAAUGGCACGAGCUACAGCGCCACGUGUUGUACAUGGAUUCCAAAGCCGGAUAUAUCCAUAGAUGGAACGCAGAGACAAGUGAAAGCGACAAGCACAUGUUCCACGACCAUACGACAAUGUUUCUGCCUGUUGAUAAAGACAAGUACAUGGUCAGCAUCGGCCCGCGGCUGUGCAAGUUCGAGUGGAUGGGGCGAAGAAUCACUCCACUGGUAACUGUGGACGACACCAAGCGGAUCCGACUGAGCGACGGAAGUUGCGACGCGUUGGGAAGAGUGUGGUUUGGAACCAGCCACGUUGCGUAUGCUGCAGCCGACGCUCCGACAAAAGGCGCUCUUUUAUGUUUGGAACCAGACGGCGCGCUCCGCAAGCACGCUGAUGGCGUUAACGUUUCCGGACGCGUAGCUUGGUCUUUGGAUCGCAAGACUAUGUUCUACGUUGACCCUGUCGCUCGCCAGAUCGCGGCAUACGACUUUGACAUCGACUUGGGAAAAAUUUGUCAUCGACGUGUGUUGGUGGAUCUAGCCGGCAAAAACAGCCUGUCUCGGUGGGGCUACCCGACGGAUAUUGCCGUUGACUCUGACUGCAAUCUAUGGGUGACCUGCUGCAUGACAGGCCGGAUCGUCAAAUUCGACCCCUCCACGGGGACAGAACUGAAUUCCGUGAGCAUUCCGUCACUGCGUCCCACUUCCCUCUGUUUUGGAGGCGACCAUAUGGAUGAGAUAUUCGUCACCACAUCGCGCCUGGGGGCCUCAGAUAAGGAACUAGAGCAAUUUCCUCUGUCUGGUUCCCUGUUUCGGGUGACUGGUCAUGGAGCGCGCGGUCUCUUGGAAAACCGGGCGCCGUCAUUUUAAUCAGUGUUUUUACUCUGAACACUUGAACAUAUUAAUAAUAAGGGUCAAGCUGCGGUUAUAAUGGAUUCAAUGAUAGUAGCAUUGUUUUUUCAUAAUGCUAAAUUGGAUGUUGUAACUCAUCGAACAGUGGAAAUCAAAAUUUCGCUUUUGUUGUUUCUAAUAUCAUCGUUCAAGACUGUACAUUAACGUAUGUUACUUUAUGUCCCUCUAUACAUUUUAACCCCUACAAGGAGACCAUACAUAAAAUGUACACACAGUUAAUCCAGAAGCACAAGAAGGAUACAUGUUCUGUAUCAUAUAAAUAAGACGUAGCUCGUAACUGACUGCUGUUACACUCUGAAUGUUAAAGUUUGUUGUUGGGUUGACAACUGUUUAAAGUGGAAAAAUAUUCAAUCCAUCCAUAUGUGUACAUUUUAAUGCAUUAUUAUGCGGGAAAAUAAUUGCAUCUUUAUAUAAGUAUAUGAUUAUGUACACAAUGUUUAGCACUUAAGAGAAUGAAAAAUGUAUAACAAGCCUUCUUUCUAACAGAAAUAAAUGCAUUUCAAGAACAUGUAAAACUGAUAUUUCCAUUUUCUGUCUUUGUCACGAUACUCUUUUAAAAAAAAGUAAAUUUGGUAAUCGAUGUGAUAAAACUAAAAUAAAAAAUAUUUACAUCAACAUAUAUUACUACAGAAAAGCAAGGCUUUGAUAGUAUUGCAAGCGAAACAGAAGUCACCUACCGGUGUAAACCCAAAUCACUUAAAGAUCGUCCACUUUUCAUAAUGCCUGUUAUAUAUGUUCACUUGGCAUAUAUUAUAAAAAAAAUCAAACGUCUAUUUGUCUCAGAAUUUUAAAGAUUUGUUUAACAUCCAUUUGAUGUUUGACCUCUGAAAACAUUGUGUACAUGAACCUAAUGUUGCUAUUUAUAUGUAAAAUAAGUUCAUUGUUAUGUUUUAUGUUCAUUUCGAAAAUGCCAUUUUGUGCAAUUUAAUUUGGAAAAACAGUCACCGCACUAUUUUAUACAUUUUACGACUGCAGAAAUAAAAUGGCAUGCAUAAUCCUUACGUCACCUUUAAAGCGAUAUUAUACGAUUUUAUAUAUGUGUUAAAUUGUUAUAUAUUCAUAACAUAUGUUACAAUUACACAAAAUAGGCAAGAAUAACUAUACAUUGAAGACGAAUUUCAUAAAAUGCAGCAAAGACAAAUUAGCGCCCCGAGCCGAUUGUGACGAAGAUAUUUCGUACAUAUUUUCCUACAAUAUCCAAAACAUUCGUCUUUUUAGUGAGUGCUUGUAUGUCAUAUGAAUAGAUAUCGUUGCAGGAAUUUAAAAUGAACCGUUAAACUAAAUUGAGAUUCACAUUGUACAUGCAUGAUUCAAAUGCUGGCGAAUUCGACUGUAGACAUUUCCGAUUUCAAAAUUAAAUAUCUGGCUUAUUUCGCAUUUUUCGACACAUGUUCUUCUUAAAUCUUAUUUUAUUUUUAUUGAAAUAUAUGAAUUAUCAGUUUUUUACACAUUUUAUAUAAAUUAAUAAAUAUUUGAAAAAAUCGUAUAAUCUCGCUUUAAUACAUGUAUGUUAACCACGUUUAGCGAUCGAAAUAUAUGUACUUUUCUAACUAUUUAUAGUUUAUAUAGACGGACGGACGGAUGAGCAGGUGGAAAGAUUUACUUAGAGACAAAUGGCAAUCAUAUAGAACAAUGCGUAAACAACUUUCACGUUAUAUGAAUGUUUUCCGUUUUGUUUUUAAUUUACGUUGUCUUCUUUUAUUAGUAAAAGUGACCUUUAAUAUGACAUCUCGUUAAAAACGUGAGUUUUUGCUAAAUAUUCGAGUUGCCCUUUGUCAAUUAAUGGCCUUUCCAUUCAAAAUGUCGUAAAUAAAUAAUGAUUUCUUAAAAAUGUAUGUUACUUUAAAAUAUUGAUAUUUGAUGUGACUAAAAUUUAAUCGGA